UGGCUCACCGGCCCACACGCCUGCGAGCCGCAAAUGAGUGAUAUUUCUACCCUGCUGGCUUCGAACCCCGCCCCUUCCUCCUUCACCCGGAGUUUGGGGCGGGUCGAGGAGGCCGGAAAUAAUUUAAAAUCAGUCUGAGUAGCUGUAGAGGCCAGCUUCCCGCCCUUUCCCUUCUCCAGUAACUACGGCUUCUCUCUCCCCAAUGCCCUGAGGCUGUGGUGCCGGCUUCCCGCCGGAGCAGCUUCAGAGCCUCGUGACUCAAGAAGGGGAUGGCCCUAACCCUUGACCUCUGACCUCAUGGUCGUGCUUAUCCCAGGGAUCGGGUCUUUUACUUCUGCAAGAUGUCCUCUCAGCCCCCUGAGCAGCCAACCUGGCCCAGUGCCGAGGUCAGGCCCGGUCCGCUGGCGGAGGGAUGGGCGGCGCGAUUGGGGACUCGGUUAGAGCCCUCCGCCCUCCUCCUGCUGCAACUGCUGCAGUCCGGGCCCGGCGGAGUCCUUUGGGCCCUCAGGGCCCUGCAGAAGCUCCGGGCUGGAGGCUCCGAGCGGCCCUUCUGCUGGGGCCCCUUCCUGGAGGCACUCAGCCGAGAGGAGCCAGUGCUCGAAGGGCUCGACCGCCGCCUGGAGCUGAAGCCGCUGCUGCUACAGUUACCCCAGUUAUGUCAAAGGAACCUUUUGUCCUUGCUGUUAGCUGUACGUACUGAGCUACCUAAGAGUGGACUCCUCCUUGUACUUCAGGCAGCCAAGUGUAACCCAAUGGACACCUGGCUUCAAGCCUUGAGAAAAUUGCUGCAGAGAGAACUAACUACAGAUGAGGUUAUCAAGGAAACCUCUCCACUGACUCAAGGGUGCCAGGAACGACUCCGAAGCCUGUGUAGACACAUCCGCAGAGGACUGAGGCCAAGCCAUCCUCUGGACUUUAGGGGAACUGAGGACAUGGGUACUCAGCGUUCUGGCAAACGAAGAAAGGAUCCUGAAACAGAGCCUGAAGGCUUCGAGAGAGACACACUCCCUAAGAGACUUCGAUCCCUGGAAGGAAAAGGAGAGGAAGAAGAGGAAGAGCAGCAGCUCCAGGAGAGGACCACAAAUGAACAGGAAUCAUCUGUCAAUGGAGACCCAGCAUCAUCCCAAAGAACUGAGGGCAACAGUGGCCAACCCAUUCUGGAAGCAGUGACCAGCAGUGCUAAUGACAGACAGCAGGAAAAGCUUCUUGAGAUUCAGGAGCUACCCAAAACCAUCAAGGACCAGGUGCCCCGAAUCCUAGAGCUGCUCGAAACCGAAUGGGAGGGACUAGAGGAAACACCACCGCUGGAGUUGCAGUUUCUCCAUGAGUGUAGCCCCAGCCAGCUGGAGAACCUUUGCUCACAGUUGAGACUCUCCCGGCUCUCGGAUACCACCCUCCUGCAGUUCUGCAAUCGACUCCUGGCACUCUCACCGGACCUCAGCUGUAGCAGUGCCACCAUUCUUUCAAGGAUCCUUUUUCUUGAACAGGUUCUUUCCCUGACAGCUUCAGCCUCUCGUCUGUUUAGAGCUGCCUUAACUGCAUUCUGUGGCAGGUAUCCUCACCCUGUCUGCAGAGGCCUCCUCAUUCCAGCGUUACAGGCCACAUGCACAGGCCCCACACAAACAGAACUUCUUUGUUGCCUGCUGGAGGGGGACACUCUGGAGUCAGACAUGCUGGUGCUGGUGUUAAAGAAGGGGGUGGGCACGUGUCAUCACAAAGUGCCUCCCCAUGGCCUCCUUCCUCUCCCUCCCCCAAACACAGAUGGACCUGUCCGCAGAGAGCUUCAGUGUCCUAGUGCAGAAGCUGGCUCACCAGGGCCUGGCUGCCCCCCAUUCUGUAGGCUGUGCCAAGCUGGUGCUGACGGUUGUGACCAAGUACCAGGAUCAGAUCACAGAGGCCCACAGGCUCUGCCUCGCCUCCGCAGUGGAGUUCAACACCACCUUCCUGAAAAAGCCUCUGCAGGCGGCCCUGAGACGUUUGACCUCGUGAGGCGUCCCCUCCGCCAUUUUCCUGGAGAGCAUCUGCCUGGGCCGGGGGAUGGAGAAGGAAGAGGCGGCAGCUAGCUGGAGACGGGCUUGUGUCUUUGGGGCAGGCUGUGCUCUUACUCGCUUAGGGAAGUGAGAGUUGCUUCAGCCCAGUCUGAACUAAGCAUGUGUCUAUCUGGAGAUGUCAGCCUCCAUAGAGCUCCCUGGCUGUCAUUUGUGCCUCGGCCUUGGGGUAGGACUCCCAUACAGAGCUGGUUGUUUUCUUGACUUAGUUUUUAAACUUUAUUGGGUUAUUUUUAUUCAUUAAAAAAAUUUUUUUAAACGCUUCCCAUUUUAGAAUCAAUGCUGUAUUGGUUCCAAGGCAGAAGAGCAGUAAGGGCUAGCCAAUGAGGGUUAAGUGACUUGCCCAGGGUCACAGCUAGGAAGUAGCCGUGGUCAGAUUUACUGAGCCACCCAUUUGCCCCCAUUGGAGUUUUUUUAAAGCCCUUACUUUCUGUCUUAAUAACAAUUCUAAGACAGAAGAGUGACAAGGGCUGGGUAAUCAGGGUGAAGUGACUCCUCCAGGGUCCCACAGCUAGGAAACAUCUGAGGCCAGACACUUGAACCCAGAUCCUCUCAACUCUAGGCUCGAAGUUCUAUCUGCCCCUUGAUUUUCUUUUUUCAACAUCACUUACCUUUUCCCAUAUGCUUCCUUCCUAUGCAUUUCUGAAUUCCGUCCCUUUUAACACAGAAGAACAGAGGGAAAAGCCAGUUCAGCCAAAGUGACCAGCACGUACAAUCCGGCAGUGCCUGUGGGUUUCCACACCCACAAUCUCCUAUUUCUGCAAAGAAGGCAGAGAGGUUCAGUUCUCAUCUCUUCUCGGGAGACAAGCGUGGCCAUUUCAGCCAACCCCAUUUGGGUUUCUGUUGUUUUCUUGUUUGUGUUUCAUUUACACUGUGGUAGUCACUGUAGAUGCUGUUUUCCUGGUGCUGCUUAACUUUACACUGCAUCGGUCACUCAUGUCCGUCUUCCCAUGGUUCUCGUUUUCAUCGUGUUCCAUUACCUUUAGAGACCACAAUCAAAGGGCACUUACUUUGUUUCUACUUCUUUGCUACUAUGAAAAGUAAUAGAGAGGCAGCUAAAUGGCUCAGGGGAUUGAGAGCCUAGAGAGGGGAGGUCCUGGGUCCAAAUCUGCCCUCAGACACUUCCUAGUUGUGUGACCCUGGGCAAGUCACUUUGCCCCCAUUGCCUAGCCUUUACUGCUCUUAUGCUUUGGAACCAGUACAUAGUAUUGAUUCCAAGAUGGAAGUAAGGUUUGUUUGUUUUUUUAUUUUAAAAAGUGAUAUUAAUUAUUUUGGCAUAUAUGGAGCCUUCCUUUUUAUCACUGACUUUCUCAGGAGAUGUGCGUGACCUCAUGUGUGUAAGAUGUUUGGUAUGGAGAUGGGAAGGGGAAAGACAGAUUCAACCAGGGUCUUGAACUGCAUCUCUUGUGUGCUCAGUGAUUUUCUUAACUUAAACAUCAAAUCAGAUGUUCGUUGCCAUAUCUCAUUGGUGUCAAACUCAAAACAGAAAUGGAGGCCACUAAACUAUUUAUAUGGAUCUUUGUAGGCUUCAUAUUGAUUUAGAAAAGCCACAUUCAUAUUACUAUAUUUUAUUGUGUUUUUAUUUGUUUGCUGAAUGUUUCCGAAUUACAUUUAAUCUGGUUCCAGCACACUUUGGGGUACUGCGGGCCACAUCAGCCCACAGGCCACAUGUUUGACUCAUCUGCUACAUACAAAGUAGAUCAGAUGAUGAGGAUUGUACUCGAAACCAUGACUCUCUUACAGCUUGCCUUUUUCUUAUAAGUACAUAAUAAAUUCAGCACUUCCCUUUCAAAACUGUCCCACUGUUUCCUCCUGAAUUUUGUUCUGUUUUGCUUCUGUGGAUUUAAAACAAAGUGCUUCAAGUAUUUUUUUUUGGCUUAAUACUGUUGGCAGGCUGUCUACCAGUUUCUCAUCAAUUGAAAAUCUAGGGGGGCAGCUGGGUGGCUCAGUGGAUUGAGAGCCAGGCCUAGAGACAAGAGGUCCUGGGAUCAAAUGUCUGGCCUCAGACACUUCCUAAAUGUGUGACCCUAGACAAGUCACUUGACCCCCAUUGCCUGGUCCUUACCACUCUUCUGCAUUAGAACCAAUACACAGUAUUGAUUCUAAGAUGAAAGGUAAGGGUUUAACAAAAAGGAAAGAAAAAAAUCUAGGAAAAACUAAAUCCUUGCAAUAGUCAAGCAAAAAAAAAGUUAUGUAUUUUAGGACGUGGCUAAUAUAUAUUUCAUUCUUUACAAAUAUUGCUCAUUGACUAUCAAAGUAUCAUCUGUAGAGCACUGGGGGAACGGGGCUGAGCGUCUUAAAGCUUCUUGUGUUCAUAAAAAUAUAUUAAAAGUUUAGAAAAUUCUUCAA